GGAAAGAGGACGGGGUAGGGCGGAGUGCAGCCUGCAGUGAGAGCAGCUGCUUCUUCAACAUGGAUGGCUCCUCUCGCGGCUGCUGCUCGCCCAGGAGACAGGUUCCCAUGGAGGAAUGAAAGAGACGGAGGAGAAGAGGGGUGCCAGCUCCUUGGGGUCCUGUGUCUGCCAGUUGAUGAUAAAUACCUCUGAGAAAGUCUGCUUCCAGCUAAAGGGGACCACGUGUCCCAGAAACCUCAGUACCUGGGACAAGAACUCCCUGAGUGGACCCCUUGUCGAAAUGAAUUGGACGAACUGUAGGUUCCUGGACUCCAGAGCCAGCAAUGCCUUCCUGGACAACCGCACACCAUUGCUUUGUUCAGAGAACAUCACCACCCUGAAGCCAGAGACUACACCUGAAGAACUCAGCAGCUUAGGUACAGCAGCCACAGCUGUUUCUGGCUCCAUUGGUGUCGUGGCCCUCAUCUUGCUCCUAGUGGGUCUCUUGUCCAUGACCCUGAAGAAAUGGAGGCAUGAAAGACUGUUUAAGAAACAACUGAGGCAUCAGAACAACUUUCUCCACAAAUCCUCGGAGCUUUCCUGCCAUGAUGAUGCCAUAUAUUCCAAUGUGAUCAACCUGGCCCCCUGGAAAGAGGAUGACUUCGCUGUCUAUGCCAACGUGCCCCCUUUUGAUCGUCCCAGGAGGACAUCGCCAGACCAAGUAGAAUAUGCCUCUAUUGUAUUCUACUGAUGGCAAGCUGACGAGAUGCUUCAGCAUGGAGAGAGUCAGACCUAUGUCUUGGUUGGAUCCUAACACGGCUUUUGCUUUAGAUGUGUGUGGAUGUGUGUGUGUGUGUGCACAUGCGCAUGUAUUUUAAAAAAA